AGUAGAAUGCGACGAAUAACUCGAGGAAGUUAUAGUUGCAAGCGUCACAUAUUCGUUAUUCCUCAGUAUCCGCCAAGAGUAGUCUGUAGGCUUGUUUGACAGGAGGUGGACGGUAAUAUGCGGCAGGCAACUUUGUGGUUUGCCGGCCUGUGGCUGUGCUGCGUUCUGGGAAAUCCAGUUUUUCGUGAAAAUUCACAAAAUCGCUUUAGAAGAAGUGAACAAAACCCUACUAGCAUUUCUGAAAAUGUAGAUGCAUCCAUUGGAGGAGCAAAACCACAAAGUAAAAACGAUUUAUCUAAUAUUCCGCUCCCCUCUAAACCAGUCAGCGGAGGUGGUGGUGAGGAAAAAAAUAAAAAAAAAGUCCAGCAACAGAAUACAGGAGCAAGUGUAACUUCUUCUGAGACAGGAACUACUGCGGAAGCAAAUCAUAAUGCCAAAGCUGUUGGACAGUCUUCUCAGCAAAAAGAUUAUGGCAAGAAUCAAGCUAAUACAGUGACAGACAAACCUGUUGAAUCUGAAACCAAUAACAAAAUGAACUCUAAAACCACAGACGAUGAAGCUGACAAUAAAGCAUCAGCUAAAUCUGUAAAGCCUGUAGAAAAAAAUCCUCAAAAGUCUGCAGCAGAAAUAAAUGCUAAAACAGAUCCUGGUACAAAUGAUGCCAGUUCUCCCGAUUCUCAUAAAGCAGAAGAUGAUAAAGUGGUGCCUCGUCAGGGGGAUAAACAACCUCUUGUUCCAAAAGGAGGAACAGAUGAUGAUGAGGAGGAACCAAGUAUGCAGCCUGAUUCUGAUCACGCAGAUGACAAAGCGAUUGAAAGUACUAAGAAUGAACAUGCUCCUGACACCCAUGAAAUAAAUCCUCCUCAGUCUCCUCCCAACAGAGAACAACAUCAACAUGAGCAAACUCCUAAUUCUAAGGAAACAAAAAGUGGGAAAGAGCCCCCUGGUACAGAGGGUAAAGAGCUUAUAAACUCAAAUCAAGCAGAGGUUAAUAAAGAGAUAAGUGGCAAAGGGGAUGAGAAAAUUACCGAGCCAGGAGAACCACAUGAUGCAAAAGAGAAUCCUACUAAAGACCAUGAUCAGCCUCCAGAGUCUGGACAAGAAAAUGGAGAAAAGGAAUUAACUGGUAAAGAAGGACAAGAAACUUCAAAUGUACCUCAAAAUGGAGAUGAAGGGGAGUCUGAAAUUAAAGAAUCUUCCGAAGGAAAUUUCCCAAAUGAUAAUACUGAAAGCAGCCAUUUUUUCACUUACUUGGUGACUGGUGUCUUGCUGGUUGCAGUUUUGUACAUUGGCUACCACAACAAGCGAAAGAUUAUUGCAUAUGUCUUAGAGGGAAAACGAUCAAGAUCAGCUCGUCGCCCAAAAUCAACAGAAUAUCAGCGAUUAGAUCAGAAGUUAUAAUGCCAUCAGAACAAGAAGAGUGCAAUUGAAGAUUUGUAAAAGAAAAAAAAAAACCACUGACAAUGUGAAUGAUAAUUUUAGAGGUUAAAUAUUAAUUAACACUUGUUUUAACACCAGUGUUUAAAAGGCUAAUUCUCUUACACUCAAAAUGGUGACUCUCUCAUUCUAGUAUUUGCAUGCAUUGCAGAAGGCCACUUUUGUCUUCCUAUUUCAGUCCUCAAAAUGCCGAUUUGGGGUACACUGAAUUAUGCUAUUCAGCAAAUUUAAUGGGGCGCUUUAUUAAGUUUGAUCAGGACCUAAACCUUUAAAGGUGAGAAAUUAACCUGUUUGGGUUUGUUGCAUAUGUUGCUUUUGAACCAUAUUAAGUUUAUGAGAAAUGGUAAGAAACUUGAUAAGUAUUUUUUUUUGUAUAAAGGUGACAAGUUGUAUUUUUUUAAAUUUGUUAAAACAGUGUGACUUAAAAGAUUUUGUGAUUGAACCCCAAAGAAGUAGAUUUUCUCUCAUGUUUUAAUGUUAAAACGAAAUGUGAAAGUACUGAAAUAGUGGUCGGUACCAACUUUAGAUUAUUAUUCUAAUUGUUUAAAGAAAUAUGAAAAUUAAUAUAUAACUCUUUUUAUACAGUUGUUUAUUAUUUGUGUUCAUUUGCUUCUUUAAGCUGUAUCCACUGUUUGUUGGGACUGUUGUGUCUUGGUGGAAGCUGGCUGGCCAACACUUCCAGUUUAAAAGUAAAGGUUUAGGUGGUCUUUGUGCUCGUAGCUUGGCUGAGCCAGGUCGUGGCUUUGUUGGAAGUGUGGACAUGCUGAUCUAAAUUGUAUUAAACUCUAGGUUUGCCUAGGCUACUGGACUUUAAACUGUCACCAGCGGGGUGAAGAACUGAACCUUUGCUGAAUUCUUGGUCUUUAAAGUAUUCUUUGUAUUGAGUGAGAAGGCCAAGGAGGACAAUCACACACAAAUGAAACUUGUUGUUUUUUGUUUUUUUCUUUUUGGGAUAAUAAAAUCAACUUCACCGUG